GGGACAGGGCCGCCAGUGAUAAGCAAACCCGGUGUCCGAACCCUUGUCGUCGCCAGUCGAUCUCUUCGGUGCACACGAAGCCUGCGGUACGGCACACCAGCACCGGGUCUUCACGUGGAAGCACGCAGCGCCCAUCGCGACAGCCGAAAUGGACCAUCCGGAGAUGAAAGUUGUGGCUCUGUGGUCUCUGGUCCUGCUGCUCACGCUAAGCUCAGUCAGAACUGCCUCGUUUCAGAGUUCGGAGGUCGGCAACGAGCCCGAAGUGGGAGAAGUUUCGCUGGUUGAAAAGUUGGGUUGGGACGGCGGCUUGGACGGCGGUGACGACCUGGAGAUCGCGGCGGCAGCCGACGACGAGAAGCGCGCCUUCCACGCCAUGCGAGGCAAGAAGGACGAUCCUUCCCUGGACUGGGACGAGGCCGACAAGAGGGCCUUCCACGCCAUGCGCGGAAAGCGGCUCUUGGCCCCGGCCAGCGUGGACUCCUUCAUCGCCCAGCUGCGCCGAGCCGUGCUCCAGGGAAAACGGGGCUCGGGCUUCUUCGGCAUGCGGGGCAAGAGGAUGUCUCGCACUCCAGGCAAAGAACAUCCGAGGUCCACCUUUGUGGCGACUAGGGGGCGAAGGUCCGUUCUGUCCGAAGCUGAGUCCAGGCCGUACUACUAGAAGAUUCCCCAAGCCGUGUGCAGCUUCUAAGGAAGGAUGCAGCCGCAACUGGAACUCGGACGCCCUCACACCACGACAAAAAAUUAUAAAAGAAAAAAAUACAAAAAAAAAAAGUGACAUCAUGCGAAGCUGAAUCAGCCAGAAAGAGUAUAUAGCUACGGCAAGCUUGCCCGCCACCGCUGCCUCGCUUGACGCUGACGCCGAAGGCUGCCGCUAAAAUGCUUCGGUUGGUGUCUUUGGCAAUCCUCUAGCCUCAUCAAAAUCUAAGGUGUACCCUGUGUCGUCUAUAAUGAGUUUGACACGUUGUGUCAUUACUUGUUUCCUUCAGUCUUUUUUUCUGCCAUUUGUAAAGCAAGAAGGGACAUUUGGUACUGAGCUGUCCCUGUGGAACGAUCUUUUCUCUAGAGUCAUAGUUUUUAGCUUUGUACCUUCUUUCAACUUUCGCCGAAUAGAUAUAAUGAUUACUGAUGCAGAGUCAUCCUUCAGAAAAAAUAUGAGGGUCGGCUUCCUGCAAGCAAGGAGCAUGAAAUUAGCAGUGUCUCCGCGGGCUUUCAAUGUCAUUGCGCUUGCCUUGCACAAGCCUCAAACGAGAGCAAGUAGAUACAGCGUUUUCCAAUUGGCAGUUUACGGGAGCCUCAGCAGGCUAUCCCGGGCCUUUCUUUGAGGCCCAACACAGUAUUGUGCUAAAGCAAUCCUUAAGCAAGAGGGGUAUGCAAGAUAUCUGGGGGGUAGAUUGGCUCGAUCUCAGAAGUUUAUUUUGUUGGUGGUAAAGUGCAGUGAGCAAUCGAGUUCACGAAAAUAUGCAUAAAGAUAGGCAUCCCAACUAGCUAGCAAUAAAUGGGGAUAUAAGUUGCAUUUGAAAAAUUAAAGAUCCACUCAAAUUAGUUCUUCUGCUUCGGUGUCAAAAGACAUUGCGCGUAACGACGGCGAGAUUAUAAGGAGCUCGAAUACUUCAAAGCUUUGUUCCACAUUUUGAGUUCGUGCUGUAAGCGCAGGCUGCAUUCCACAAUAAAAUAGGAAUGUUGAACUUAAAGGAGUAAACUCGUUUGUAGCCCUUUUCUUUUUAAGUUUUAUUAUUCUUCCAACUUUUGUUCAAAUAGUUUUAAUGAAUAUCUUACUAACUUGUUUUUUGUUCAUAUGAAUGUUUAUAACUUUGUUCUUCAUUUCAUACUUGCAUAACCUUUGGCAUCGUUUAGGCAGUCAUAACUGCUAUUUCUAUAUUUAACUUGUUUCCUCGUUUAUUUGGGGACGUGAGCGUUAUAGCCAGUCAGUUUUGUAAUGCGUCAUUGAGUUAUACUUCUUCAACGUUAAGCAACACUCGACAUUGACUUGCGUCAUUAACAUUCCCUACGAACACAUCGUUACUUCUAGAGAAUUUUACGGCAGUCUCUACAAACUAGACAAGUACGCUUCUGACAAAUCACGUAGGAAUCCCAAGAUUCAACCGCGUGUGUUAACCCAGAGCUAAUUGUCGUUGUUUGUGCUACCCCAGUGUUUCCGAUACUCUGUUAGGCAGAACAUCUAGGCGCGGCUCCAAUUCAAUCUGAGCUUCAAGUGUAUACAUCAGUCACCACCUAAUCCUAAUUUAUUACAGUUUUAAAUCGAAGUGUUCGGCGCUCACUUUCGCCUGGACGACAACACUUAGUGCUCAAAUACUCUAGACCUGAGGUUAUUUUCACUAAAGUCGAUCGUUUGAUAAAAAGGUUCCGCAAAUUAUUUGUCUUUCUACUCUUUAUUGCAGUUUUUACUAUACUGACGAGCACUUUCGUAAAUUAGAGCUGUAGCCUCGGCACUCUUCGAAAUGCCCUUGUGUCCUCUUUCCCACAGCGCACGCGGAGACCUAUUUACUUGGACCCAGAGAUAAUGCUCAGCUAUAUGCACCGAGGCGUUUCGGUGGCCCCGUCUAAUGGCUCUUAUCUGUGACGUCACGACUAUAACUAUCCGCCACCAAGAACGGUUUCGGUAGUGUGCGUAGAAAGAAUGGUAGAAGCUUUGAGUCGACGAAUCGGCGCCACAAUCGACAGUCCGACAAUAAAGAUUUGAAUCCGUCGAUGAGAGCAGAAUUAGUCCUACUCGAGGCGUCAAAGUGAGGGUUUGGCCAAUCUUUCAAGGCUGGCCAUGGCGACGGAUUCGGUCGUACACGCCGCCAAUGAAGCCGACGCCGAAAAAACUGUUUUGACCUGAAAACAAAGUCUGCGAUGUGUUACUGAGCAUGACGUGAUGUAUAUGUGAAAUGGCAUGCCAUGUGUCACCUGACGCACAUUAUUUUCGAGAAAAAACAUACUUACGCCUUCAGCAUUUUCCGACCUCUCGUUAUAUAUACCAUUCCAACAUUCACCUUCUGCGGGCUACCGUCCUUGUCUAGUGAUUGCUUAACACGUUCUGGGCACGCGCAGUAGCUUUUCCUGCGGAAUAUUUUACGCUGCGCACGCGUCCCCUGCCCCGUGUUUCGGUAUAUUUCGCCCAGAUGAUAAUUUCCGGAAAGACGCAUAUGCCACAGUGAUUAGUUCUCCGAGUGCCCUAUGAGAAAAAAGGCUCGGUAAAACUUUUAAAGAGCGAAUGAUCGCCAUAUCGAAAUGUCAUUCACGACUAAUUAUCCUUGUGUUUAUUCAUAUUCAGCACCAUUCAACAAAUUUAACAAUGUAUACGGUCGUUUUUCUCUCUUUUUUUUCUUUUUCGUUAACCCGAUUAGCUAAUCAUGGCUGGCAAAAAUAUUAAAAAAAAAACGUCUCAUGAAUUCAGCCGACCAUGACUGUCCAUGUAAUAGAUAUGGCUUCGCGCUUGUCUUGAUGACCGUUCUUGGGGUAUUGUGAAGUCACUAUAAUCUACGAAAACAUAUAUCGCCCAGUGUAAAUGAGUUGUUUGAAAAAAAAGUGCGAUAAAUUUUACUAUUUAUAACAUAUAAGAAGUUUGUUCGGGUUUAUUCCGAGUUACGUCACUCUUAACAUUCCUGCCUCAGAAUGUCUAUGCCAUGUUUCAUGCAGACUUUCAUGCAGAACUGUCAAAGCUCCUGGAACGAACACGUGUCUCCAUCAAGCCUCUAAUUUUUGCGCGCUCUAGAGCAUAUAAAACGCGAGGUAGAGCCGUUCGUUUUCAAUGCGUAUAAACCGGAGUAUAAAUUUUAUUUAAGCCUUGUUUUCCAUUGUCUUUUGUUUGAGUAUCCCGCGACAUCCUCCAAUUAGUGUCAAAUAAAAUCAGGUCAGAAAUCAUAGGAUUUAAAAAUAUUUAUACCCAAAUCUCGGGGAAUUCAAUCUGAAUUCACUGUUGGGAAUUCACUUUGCGCCUACGGUGUUCACUCCUAAUUGCGCUCAAUGAAACAGUGAGUGACUUUAGCUAACGUGAAGCGUUCUUCGCUGUAUAAAUGUCUUUAAACGAGCGUCGACGAGGUUCAAAGCACUGUCAUUUUUAUUAUGUUCAUAGUUCGCACAGUCGCUACAACAACAGAAAGUGCGUAGUGUUAUAAUCUCCUGUAUGUUUUAUAUUAUUAGCACCCGUAGCUCCCACCUUGCAAAUGCGGUCUUGCACCGAAUCGAGUAGUAUGCAAAAAAAGCAAAGAAAAAGCUAAGUCCAGUGUCGUGUUGUCCGAGUCAUGAGCUCUCGAACAGUUGCAGUGUUGCGUGGCAUGUAUCGUGGUCUCGUUUCGAAACGGUGUCAAAGCAGUAACCCCAGCAAGAGGACCUGCGACGCAGAAGCAACAUAUCAGGCUGAGCACCCUGUCGAUUGCAGUGUACAGCAGAAUGAUUGAUGCCAAUCUUGUACAGCAGAAACUGAUGUGUAAAAAAAAAAAAAAGCACAUACCACUGUAGGGCUGUCAGUUCCCGUUCAUUGGUGUUCGUUUGUGUUAAUUUAGUCUUAAGUUGUCACAAUCUCGUUCGAAGGCUUUCAAUAAACGAUGUUCUAUUUUC